AUGGCGCUUCAUAACUAUAUUAGGAUGCAUGAUAAGCGUGAUCGAUAUUUUCAAGAAAUCGAGGAUAAUCUAAAUAUUUUCGUUUAUGAAGAGCAUCAAUUAGAGGACAAUGUAGAAGAAGAUGAAGCUUCACUGUCACAAGAAGUGGUUGAAGAGACUCAACAUUGCAGAUGGAUUACGAAAACUGCAUCUGGCAGGAGACCUAACAUUGCACUGCAGUGUCGUUUGCUAAUUUUUGUCGAGGAUAGCUCCCCUUUUCAUUCCGAAGCUCUCUAUAUGACCUCAAAACUAGAUAGACGGCAUGGUACCUUGGUUGAGGUUCAGGCAUGUGGGUCAAUGGUGACAGAGGAGCAGCCUCAUGCCAUGUUGAUACCAUUGGAGUAUUUUCUCAUAGGGUAUGACUUGUACAGGCCAACUCAGUCAAAUGUCAGCCCACGAAGUCCGUUGAGUCCAUUGUGCAUAGAUCAGGAGCUUUUUUUGCCCGAAAGUAUGGGCUUGAAGCUGAAACCAAUAAAAACUCGGAUAUCUCUACAAGCCUAA